UCGACAACGUUUACACCGAUAACCGUGGCACGGAUAAUGUCUAGUCGCGAAUGUUUCUGAAUUCAUUGUUUCUUUUGAUUUUUUUUAUUAUUAUCAAAAUCUUUCACGCUCAAAAAUAUUACAAAGUAACACUUCACAACUCUUUUUGUGCCAAUUUUGCGAAAAAUUGAUAGACCGAUGGAAAUUAUUAAUAAGGCAGUUUAAUUUAUAAAAUAUUGUGGAAAAAAGAGGAUUUGCGAGAAAAGAAUAAAUUGCUGCAUUAAGAAUUGCCUAUAAUUUUGUCAAAUUGGCCCUCGAUUGCAUGGCAUCGCGAUACAGCUGAUAACGAGACCGGAAAAGUACCAUUGCUCCGGUACCACAGCAAACAGUCUUUACUGUUCUCCAGUACCGCUCUUUCUCGGUACAACUGGCGCUAUUAGUGAAGUGCGAUCUAAAUAUAGAUAGGAACGCGUGUUUUUAACGUAAACCGCGUUGCUGUUAUCUCAAUUCAGUGUGCUGCUGAAAUCGAAACUUACGCAUCGGCGCUAUCGAAGACUUUUGUACCAUGAAGAGGUUUGUUUUCCGAAUUCUUCUUACGUCUUGCGUUCUAGGAUUAACGAAAGCUAAUACUAGCACACUACUGAAUCCGGAGCAUAACUAUAAUGGCGCCAAGAGAUUAUACUGCCCAGUGAACGCUUAUGUUGGGAAUCAACCGGUCGACCGACAAGACGGUUCUCUGCGACUGAGACAACUAAGAUCCGAGAUGAUUCGAGUAGUGGCAAUUCAAGGGCCAGCUCUCGAUGGUUACAUCGUCACAUCGGAUGACGAACAUCAAAGCGAAGCUGUGGAUCCACAUGAUAUGAGAAGAGAAUUUCUUACUGGAUUCCACGGAAGUGCUGGGAUAGCUAUAGUCACUAUUGACAAGGCAGUACUUUGGACUGAUGGUCGAUAUCAUGUUCAAGCAAAUCAUCAGCUGGAUUGCAACUGGAUUUUAAUGAAGCGAGGUGAACAUAACGUACCAACAAUAACAGAAUGGUUAAUGCAAGAGUUCCAAAAUCGAUCAGAAGUACGUAUUGGUGCUAAUCCAAAACUAAUACCUGCAUUUACGUGGGAGACAUGGGAGCACGAAUUGGCGAAUUCGUCCGUGAGAUUGGUCGCAGUCCAUAACGACCUAGUGGACUUGAUCUGGCAGGUGAGUCGACCUGAGUACAAUCCGCACGCGGCGUAUCCGCUGACGGACGAAUACUCCGGCAAACCAUGGCAGGAGAAAGUUCAGAGCAUUCGACUGGAAAUGGAGUACUCGUCGGUCGACGCGCUCGUCGUCACCGCGUUGGAUGAGAUAGCAUGGCUCUUCAAUGUUCGUGGCUACGAUUUACCGCACACUCCUGUCCUCAGGGCCUACGCGAUUAUAACUCACGAGUCCCUGCAUCUUUAUGCUCCACGCCAAAAAAUCCUGCGGUCCGUCGAUAUACAUCUGAAAAUCGACUUCUGCUCCCAUGCAAACUGCGUCAAAUGGCACAAUUACACAGACAUUUGGUACGAUUUAAAGACUAUGUCUCAAGCCUGGAAUACAGUGUGGCUCCCUUCACCGUACGGCUACUCGCCGGGUGCGUCCAAAGAAAUAUACAAUUCCAUUCCACCAGAAAAAAGAUUAGCUAAGGCCUCGCCUAUAAUUGAUUUAAGAGCGGAGAAAAACAAAGUCGAAGUAGCAGGUAUGAGAAGAUCUCAUCUAAGGGAUGCGAUGGCCAUGUGUGAUUUCUUGGCCUACAUGGAAGAGCAGUACAAAUUGGACUCUGAAGAAUGGGACGAGAUGCAAGUAGUGAGAGUGCUCAAUGAAAUUCGUUACGAGCAAGAUGGCAAUAGGGGUAUCGCCUUCCCAACAAUCGCAGGGUAUGGACCACACGCCGCUAUGCCGCAUUACGAACCAAAUAACUUGACCAACAUUAAAAUAGGGACCACAUCCACACUAAUGAUCGACUCUGGAGGACAAUACUUGGAUGGUACCACAGACGUGACCAGAACUCUUCACUUGGGAGUGCCGACUGAUGAACAGAAAAAAGCCUACACGAGAGUGCUGAUCGGUUCGAUUGAAUUAUCGUCUUUGAUCUUUCCCAAUGAUCUGUCGACAGACCAAUUGGAUGUUGUUGCGCGAAGGUCGUUGUGGAGUAGCGGUUACGAUUACAUGCAUGGCACUGGUCACGGAAUUGGUCAUUUUUCUUCAGUUCACGAAUCGCCUAUCAGCUUGUAUUACGGAUGCAAAAAUGCAGGAUGUUCCGUCAAGUUGAAGCCAGGAUUCUUUCUUUCAAACGAACCGGGGUAUUACAAAGAAGACGAUUUUGGUGUUCGUUUGGAGAAUAUUCUUGAAGUAAUUCCGGCUGAUAAAUUGUCUCAUAAUGGGCAAAGAUUUCUCACAUUCAGAGACGUCACUCUGGUUCCGUACGAACCGAAACUUAUCAAGAUCAAUAUGCUAACUUCACCGCAUCGGCGUUGGCUAAAUAAUUAUAAUAAACGUAUACGGGAAGAAGUCGGAGCAGAAUUAAAAAAGAAUUUAAAAAUGAAAGCAUUUUACUGGAUGAUGGCGAAAACUAUGACCAUUCCAGAAACAGGCAGCUAUUAUUUCCCUGAUAAUUCUCAGGCAAUAUCGUCUACCAAUAGGCAAUUCCAUACUUUAGUUAUAAUUGUUGCCAUUUAUCACAUCAUAAAAAAUUUCACAAGAAUACGCGACUAAACUAGGAAACACAUCUAUAUUGCCAAAUAUUUGCCAAAAUUACAGACCUUUUUUGCUUUACGGAACUUUUUUAAAAUGUACAUCAUUUCCAAGAUUGAUAUAGGAUAUCAUAUAAUUACAUUUAGGCAAGAAAAACAGAAAUAAACU